UUUAACUCCAAUGUUUUCUUACAGAAAAUGAGUAACCUUCGUAUAUAAAACACACAUUAGCUUUCCGUCUGUAGCAGCAUGGACAAAGUGAGCAUGCUGAAUUGGGCCCAACCCUGCUGUGUAUCUCUUCCGGGAGGAAAUCACAAGUGUACCCCAGACCAACCCCACAGAUUGUGAAAUCAGACUGCGAUGGAGAAUUCUGGUCAACAGGGGGGACCUUGCCACCGAGGGAGAACAUACAGCCGUUACUCAGAGGAGCAAGUCAGUAGGAGUCAGGGAGAAACUCCAAUCAGAGCUGAGGGAAGUGCGCGUCAUUGUGUGAUGGAACCCCAGCAGGACAAGAGGUGCGGAGCCAGUGCCUCACACACUCCUAUGUGGAACUCUUCAUCACCGAAGGCAACAUCCAAUUUCACAACGAUAGGUAUGCUGCCACGCGAACCGUAAGGUCACCAUCAGAUAUGCCCACUGCUAAUGAGGAAGCAACGAUCAAGCAUGACAAUAUCUUCAAACCACCGAUAUCUCUGGAUUGGCCUCAAGUAAAAAACAACCUGAUGAAGGGACCCGCAGGCUCACGGAAGAUGGCAAUUGUCCAGAAGUUUGUCUUUAACUGGGCCGAGGACAGAGCCAAUCAGGAAGUUGACUCCUUGUUUGUCUUUCCCUUCAGUGAACUCAAUUGGCUAAUGGGCCGGAGCUUCAGUCUGAGUGGCCUCAUCAGCCACUUUCACUCGUCCAUGAUGUCGGAGAACGAGAACCCUGGUCUGGAUCUGAGUCGGUCUAAAGUAGACUUCAUCUUGGACGGUUUGGACCAAUUCAACCUUCCCCUGGACUUUGAAAGCAUAUCAGUGGAGUCUGACAUCAAUAAGGAGAUGCCUUUGCCCAUCCUCCUAGUGAACCUCAUCUGGUGUCAGCUGCUUCUUCCCUCCGCCUAUGUCUCGGUGAUCACCAGGCCUGCGUCCGCCAGUUUCAUCCCCAUUGACGUCCUCCCCCAACAACAGUGCUUGACAGAGAUAAGGGGCUUUGACGAAACCCAGAAGAGGGAGUUCUUUAGAAAUAGGUUUGGCGAUCAGAAUCUGGUGCACAAAGCUAUCUCCCUAGUCAUGAAAGCUAUUGCCCUAGAGUCAUCACGGAACCUCUGCAACCUGUAUCAAACACCGUUGUGCUGUGAGAUGUUGGCGGCCAUUUUAGAAAACACUGAGGCGGGAGUGUGUGUCGAGAUAGUUGCGUCAGAGUGUCUAUACACUCACUUUUUGCUUGUUCAUAUUGGUUUGAAGAACGAUCAAAAUGGUGAACACUCAGAAUCAAUCAGAGAGGUUGUUCGUAAGCUUGGGAUGCUGGCUUUUCUACAACUGGAAAGAGGAAGCAUCAUAUUCAGCGAGAGUGAUGUGAUGGAACAUGGAAUCGACGUCUCCAAAAGUUCCAUAUUCCACAGGUUGUGUAGGCUGCUCAUCGCAGGGCGUGCGAUGUACCUGGAGGAAAUGUACCGCUUUGUGUACACAGGCAUUCAAGACUACCUAGCUGCCCUGCACGUGUUUCUCACCUACACAAGUAAAAGGAGAAACCUACUACUCCAACCUACUACACUCCUUGAUCAAUUGAAAGGGACGUUCAGGGGAGCAACCCUUUUAGACCUCCACAGAUGCUCCGUGGACAGGGUUUUACGGAACAUGCACGGAACUUAUGACAUCUUCCUCUGCUUCCUCCUUGGCCUCUCAACAACACCCAACCAGACUCUCUUAGAUCUAGCAUGUCUAGGGAAAGGUUUAAAGGUCACAGGCUCCAAGGUGAUCACAGAGAUCACGGCGGAAUACAUUAAGCAGACGAUCAAGUCUGAGCCUUACCUUCAGACCACCGUGGCACUUUUCCGCAGUCUGCCGGAGCUAGGGGACGCCUCGCUGGGCAGGGAGGUCCGACGCUACCUGACCUCCGAGUCCCGGUGGGGGUUCCUGCUGGAGCCCGACCAAUGCUGGGAGCUGGCGGACAUGCUUUAGGCAGGCAGGGAGAUGGAGAGGGAAGUGUUUAUGGAGAUGGAACGUUUGAGUUGGAUGCGCCGAAUGAGCAUGUGGAGAAUGCAGACUGUACUGGGGGACAAACACUUGCAGGUCUACUAGAAAGACAUCAUUGCUGUAUGAAUGGUCUAUUAGGGAGACAUCACCAAAUAUUGUACUGCCACAUCUACCAAAAUGCCACUGCAGUGACUGUUGAGGGAUUUCAGUUUAACUGGGAUAGGGGGACGCAAAUGUCCCAUUUGGCCAAUUGCCAGGGAAAAUGCAGAGCGCCAGAUUCAAAUAAAAUACUAUAAAAUUCAAACUUUCAUUAAAUUACACAUGCAAGAUAGCAAAUUAAAGCUACACUCAUUCUGAAUCCAGCCAACAUGUCAGAUUUCAAAAAGGCUUUUCGGCGAAAGCAUAAGCAGCUAUUAUCUGAUGAUAGCACAAAGAGAGUAGCAUAUUUCAACCCUGCAGGCGCUACACAAAGCACAGAAAUAAAAUAUAAAACAUGCCUUACCUUUGACAAACUUCUUUUGUUGGCACUCCAAUAUGUCCCAUAAACAUCACAAAUAGUCCUUUUGUUUGAUUAAUUCCGUCCAUAUAUAUCCAAAAUGUCCAUUUAUUUGGCGCGUUUCAUCCAGAGAAAAACAGCUUCCAAUUUGCGAAAAGUCACUACAAAAUAUCUCAAAAGUUACCUGUAAACUUUGCCAAAACAUUUCAAAAUACUUUUGGAAUACAACUUUAGGUAUUUUUAAACGUUAAUAAUCGAUCAAAUUAAAGACUGGUCUAUCUGUUUUCAGUGGCUUCCUCUGCUUCAAAUACACUGAUCUGAAACAUGGGACAGGUGAAAGCAAUAUUGUGGAUGUAUUUGCUCUCAGCAGUUCUGUUUUUUACCCACAUUAAUUCAGAUUAAGGAAAGGAAACUAUUGAGAUUCAACUACUGUUUGACCCAGCGUGCACUGACCCUCAACUUCCACCCAUGAAUUGGCCAAUAUCACCCACACUCACUCUUUCCAAAUCCUUGUGAUUUGGUUUUCAAAAGGCCAUAACAAAUACACUGUACAUGACAUAACUUAAUUGGUAUAACUUUUGAAAUCAUGGGGGUAUUUUAUAUGGUGACAGACUUACAAAUACAUAUAUGCAACCCCCCCCCCAAAAAAAAAUUGCAGGAGCAAAUUAACAGUAAAUGCAUUAAACGAAUGGGCCAUUCUUGAUACACCCUAGAAAAUGUUGAGCGUGAAAAACCCAGCAGCGAUGUACACAAAUACAAUCCAUUGUCUCAAUUGUCUCAAGGCUUAAAAAUCCUUCUUUAACCUGUCCACCCCCUUCAUCUACACUGAUUGAAAUGGAUUUAACAGGUGACAUCAAUAAGGGAUCAUAGCUUUCACCUGGAUUUACCUGAUCAGGCUAAGUAAUUUUUUGUACACUCAGUGUAUGUGUGUAAUAUUAUCACAUCUGACAUUAACUUAAUUACUGUUUAAAGGUUGUGCAUUUAACUUGUAGAUACUACAUUAGCUAUAAUAUUUUUAAAAUGCAUUACUAAUUGCCAUUCUAUUAAAUCAAUGAAAUCAGAAUUAAAUGUACUGAUGUUAAUAAUUGAAACUUAAAAACCUCUUGGAACUACCGCUCCCGGGAGAAUUGUCAUCAACUGACACUAAUUAGCAUUACGCAACGGACAAAAAAUAUUACUAGAAAAUAUUCAUAUUCAUGAAAUCACAAGUGAAAUAUAUUGAAACACAGCUUAGCCUUUUGUUAAUCACCCUGUCAUCUCAGAUUUUGAAAUGAUGCUUUACAGCCAAAGCAAGACAAGCAUUUAUCGAUAGCCUAGCAUAGCAUUAUGCCUAGCUAGCAGCAGGCAGCUUGGUCACGAAAAUCAGAAAAGCAAUCAAGUUAAAGAGUUUACCUUUGAUGAGCUUCGGAUGUUUUCACUCCCAGUUAGAUAGCAAAUUUUCCUUUUUUCCAUAAAGAUUAUUUUUGUAGCCAAAAUAGCUCCAUUUGUUCUUCACGUUUGGCUGAGAAAUCGACCGGAAAUUGCGGUCACGACAACGCCGGAAAAUAUUCCAAAUUAGAUCCAUAAUAUCGACAGAAACAUGGCAAACGUUUUUUAUAAUCAAUCCUCAGGUGUUUUUCAAAUAUCUAUUAGAUUAUAUAUCAACCGGGUCAGUUGGCUUCUUAGUAGGAGCGAGAGAAACAAUGGCCGCAUUUGUCUAUUACGCACAAAUCACUCUGAGAGCCACCAGGUGACCACUUACGCAUUUUUCUAAAUAAAAGCCUGAAACUAUGUCUUGUGACACUAGACACAUUAGGGAAGCCAUAGCAAAAUUAAUCUGGUUGAUAUCCCUUUCACUGCUCAAUAGGGAUGCAUAGGAACACAGAGGUUUCUAAAUUAGAGUCACUUCCUGUUUGGAUUUUUCUCAUGCUUUCGCCUGCAAUAUCAGUUCUGUUAUACUCACAGACAAUAUUUUUACAGUUUUGGAAACUUUAGAGUGUUUUCUAUCCUAAGCUGUCAAUUAUAUGCAUAUUCUAUUAUCUGGUCCUGAAAAAUAGACCGUUUACUUUGGGAACAUUAUUUUUCCAAAAAUGAAAAUAGUGCCCCCUAGUUAAUACCACAAAUCCUCACUACACAGAUGAAUAUCUGGCUGUCCUUGUCUCCAGAACCUACGAACCAACAAGUUUAGAGACAUUAUAUUAAGUCAUUAUAUUAAGUCUUCAGCAUUUAGUACAAGAACCAAGUGUCUACAGGAUCCAUUUGUAUUUUACAAACUAUGUUUUAGUUAGAUUUGUUUCAUCCACUCAUUUCCAGGUGCCUUCCUUCAGUGACACAGUCAAUCAAGUUCAGAACUUCUUAUUGUUAGCCAGUUUACUCAGAAACACAUGGGGAAAACAUAUUUAGUAUGUUUAAUAUCUCUGCCUGUCUGUAUCUGUCGCUCUCCCUCUCUUUCACCUUCUCUCUCACCUGUUUGUCUCAACUGUUUAUGAUCACAAGGUCCGCUCCUCUCUUUAUACAUUCUGCUCUGUUCUGACUCCAAGUUUUCUUCUCUUUAAAGAGGUAAUAAUGGCUAGACUUAAAUAUCCUCCAACCGACAGGGCAGCAUCCUGCAGAAGGACAGCAUAUUGGUCAAUGCAGUCAUAUAACUUCAAUAUAUGACAAAACUUUUUUCACAUCAACUCAAAUUCUCAGUUAUUUGGAUACUAUACAACCGGGGGUGCCUCAGCUAGCUCGUCGAGCUUCCACACCGUAGCUGGCUCGAGAGCUCGUUUUCCCUCGGUGAGCUCGGCCGGCGCCCACCCCACGUCAUGCUUCAGCUGGCCAUCAGGCUCCCACACCUCAGCCGGUUCGUCAGACUCCACGCCUCUGCCGGUUCGUCGGGAUUCUACUCCCCAGCCGGCAUGUCCAGCGCCCAUUCCUCGGCUGGCCCGUCAGGCUCGCCCAGGUGGUAUGCCGGGUGGCGCCCCUUGAGGUGGCGGUACUGUUGCGCCUGCUCCCGCUCUCCCUCUCUGGCGCUCGAGGGCGCCAGACUGCCUUCGUUAUGCACACCUUUCACCAUCAUUACGCGCAGCUGCGCAUCAUUGGACUCCAUUACCUUGUUGAUUGCCCCUCCUAUAUUUAUCUGUUCCUUGGUUAGAUCCCAGUGUCAGCAUUAUUGUCGUUAUGUGUUCUUGUCCAGAUGCUGUCCUGUUCCAUGUCCGUUGCCAUUAAAGGGUCACUCCUUGUACAUGCUUCUUGUCUCCCAGUGUCUGUCCUCAAAGACUGUUGGAAGCAUCAGGGAGUUUGUUUUAGUUUUAUUUGGUGACGUCGGGUCCGGAUGCUAUCACCUAGGGAACCGGUGGUGCCUCAGCUAGCUCGUCGAGCUUCCACACCUUAGCUGGCUCGAGAGCUCGUUUUCCCUCAGUGGGCUCGGCCGGCGCCCACCCCACGUCAUGCUUCAGCUGGCCCUCAGGCUCCCACACCUCAGCCAGUUUGUCAGGCUCCCACGCCUCUACCGGUUUGUCAGGAUUCUACUCCCCAGCCGGCUUGUCCAGCGCCCAUGCCUCGGCCCCGUCAGGCUCGCGCAGGUGGUAUGCCGGGUGGCGCCCCUAGAGGUGGCGGUACUGUUGCGCCUGCUCCCGCUCUCCCUCUCUGGAGCUCGAGGGUGCCAGACUGUCUUCGUUACGCACACCUUUCACUAUCAUUACGCGCAGCUGCGCAUCAUUGGACUCACCUGAACUCCAUUACCUUGUUGAUUUCCCCUUCUAUAUCUGUCUGUUUCUUUGGUUAGAUCCCUGUGUCAGCGUUAAUGUCGUUGUGUUCCUGUCCAGACACUGUUCUGUCCUGUCCAUUGUCCUUGGUUAAUUAAAUGUUCACUCCCUGUACCUGCUUCUCAUCUCCAGCGUCGUGCUUACAGCUCUGAUAUUUUCCUUUGUAACUGGUGUUUCUCUUCAGCCAAGGUAUUGUAACGGGUUUGCAGCUGGGCUCUGUUUGUAGUCAUUGUGUUAAAACGUGCCUGAAACUGGUCUCUGUCUUUAUUCAAGGCGUUGAAAGAAGUCUCCAGUUGGUCUCUCUCCUUAGUCAUGUUUUUGUAACUAAGUUCUUCCUUUUCUGAAGUAUGGUUGGCCGUUAAAAGAGAGAGUUCUGGACAGUUGAUUGUAGUGAUUGUCAUCUGUGAUGGAACAGAGAACAAAUGUACAAUUUUAUGUUUCUUUACACACACACUGACGCUAACACACACGGACAUACACACUCACACCCUACCACCCGUGAUUUUUGAAUAGUCACAGUGUACAGAGAGACUUAUGACUGGUCAGCAAGAGAAGACAAUGCAGUCCCAGAGAAACUGAGGCCAGUCUGUAAGGCUGACAGUUCUGAUUCCCAAGUGUCAGUCCUGCAGGUGUCGAGAAACAAAUAUAAUAUACACCUGAUUUGGUCCUACUGUAUCUAUCUUAGUCUUUCCAGCUGACCAGUUUCUCCCUCAUAAACCAAUGCUGUUCUGAUACCAAAAGGAACUGAUGCUGUGGUUUCCCUCACACACACACACAGACAGACAGUAACAGCAUUCUGUCCUCUACUCCCAUUUCCAUUAAAUUAUUUGGUUCCAAUUCAAAAGGAAUUUGUUUUGUGUGAAAUGUGUCAUUACUACAUAGAAAGACACCGUAUAAUGAUUUUGAACAUGAUUCUGAUUGAUUUAUAAAGCCUUGCAGCAUUUCAUACAUACUUAACAGGUCAACAAAAAAAGGACAACAAAAAGUCAAGGUAUUGGAGUGGCCAUCACAAAGCCCUGACCUCAAUCCCAUAGAAAUAUGUGGGCAGAACUGAAAACGUGUGUGCGAGCAUGGAGGCCUACAAAUCUGACUCAGUUUCUCCAGCUCUGUCAGGAGGAAUGGGCCAACAUUCACCCAACUUAUUGUGUGAAGCUUGUGGAAGGCUACCUGAAAUGUUUGACCCAAGUUAAACCAUUUAAAGGCAAUGCUACCAAAUACUAUUUGAGUGUAUGUAUACUUCUGACCCACUGGGAAUGUGAUGAAAGAAGUAAAAGCUGAAAUAAAUAAUUCUCUCUACAA